AGAACGGCACAAAGUUAAAAAUGUCAACAUUUUAUUUGAAAUGACAGGGGAACUGAGCCCGGGAAUUCGCAAGAAGGAUGGGAAAACGAGUUAAAUCAGUGCCCAAGAGCACUUUCUUCAAGUUUGAAAUGAAACUUGAGAAAAAGAAGAAAGAUACCACUGCCCGACCUAAAACUUCCUCCAAUAGGAUUACGGUAUUACCAGGGUUUCUAAGCAAGGGUGUCAAAGCGAUAGCUACUAAGAAAGAAGAAGCGGAAGAAAACAAAGCAAACGAAAAUAUUCUGAAAGAAGAUCUACACAGUCUCUUUAUAAGCGAUAAUCAAGGAAACUCCUCACUUCGAAGAUCGAGCCGAAUAUCGAAAAAAAACAUUGUAAAUUAUGCUGAAGUUACCCCUAAGAAGCGAAAAUACCCUAGGCAGAAAAAGUUGACAAGUCCCAAAACAGCAGACCCCCUUCCAACUGCAAACUUUGAAGAAUAUUUUCCUCUUCUUAAAAAUACUGAUGUUGGGGUAGAAGAGGGACGUCGAAGAAAUUCUAGAAGUUUAUUCAAAAAGAUAAUUUCAUCUCAGACCCUUUCCAAUAGUAUUUAUUAUUUUAAAUCUUUCUUUUCCAAUAAGGAUCAUCGUUGUGGUGAAAACUUUAAUCAGAAUAUAUUAGACAAAAUUCAAAUAAACUUUAAAGUAGAUAUCAUUGAAAGCUUAAGGGGGAAGAUUUUUGAAGAAAUAGGCAAAGUAAACGACAUUCUUAUAGGAAAAGUUGAUCCCCCAAGCAUGGGGAGCUUCUUAAAGUUAAAGCAUGGAAAUAUGGAUGAUGUUGAACAUCAAGUACCUGAGUAUCUGUUUCCUUCGAGAGACUGGCAGUUCGCUACUCCACCUUCACAAAAAUUAAACAUCACUUUUUAUGAAGAAUCUGCCAUACAACCUGCGAUACUGUGUAAUGAUGGCACAGGUAGAAAUAUAUAUCAGUUAAAGAAGGAAAUGGAUAGUAAUUUAAUUAAUCACAUAAAUCCAAACAGUAUAGAAGUUGACAGUAGGUAUAUGGAACAAAUAGCAGAGUUUGAUAAAGAGAACCGUCCCUUAAGAAGCUUCAAUUUCAACCAAAAGAAAUCCACUGAUCGAAGAACAGAAGAUUUUGAUUUCAAUCCAAAGUUCUUCAAUCACUUCAGAGAACGAUUAACCACAAUUCAGAUGAGACCCAAGAAGACUGUAAAAAGGCUCCGGUUUGCGGACUCUUUCAAUAGGAACCAGUUGACUCUGGAACUUUCAAAGCCAUCUACAUCUAACGUUUUUGAUCCAUUGGCUAUGGAAUCCUCUGAACUUGACUUUACAUUUGUGAAUUGCGUGAAUGGAAAUAGUGAUUCUGGAAGUCCAAGAUCCCAUUUCAAAGUGGCUCCUAGGAAUGAUAUCUUUGGUUGUUUGGAUAAUCCGGAUUUUUUUGGAAAUUGUAGCAGUAAUAUGGAGUGAAAUUGACACAAUGGUAUUAAUUCGACUGUGUUAACGGUUUCUAUUCAAUCUGAACAUGAUGAUACUAUUUGUAUCAGCUGAAAUUAAUUAUUUAUAUGAGAAUUUCGUUUUUAUCAAACCAGUGAAAGGUGCUUGAAACUUCAAAUAUUUAAAAAUGUAAUUGAAAUCAAAUUGGAAAAUAUUUCAAAUCAGAAUUUUUUGAGUAGGUACUAACUCUUUUCUAAAUUCAAAUUUGGUCAGUCACAAUUUCUUGAAUGUAUAUAGCUCAGAAAAUUAAUGAAUAAGAAGAUUUAAUAAUUUCCAUUUCCAUAAGAGGAAUUUUUAAAGAGGGAACUGUAUGAGAAUAAGUUGUACAUACUUCUAAAAUUGUAAUUGUAUAUUUUUCAAUACUGCCCAUGACCGUAGAGUUAAUUUCAUUACAAUUCUUUGAUAGUCUCCUUAAUGUAAUUGUUUUAUCAAAUGAUGUAUGUUUUAUAAGGAAUUGCUUUUCUUUGAAAAUUUUGUAUAUAGAUCUAGUCAAAAUUGAGGCAAUAAGAGCGAGUUUGAAUGUGCAAUGGUGUUAAAUGCAAUAUAGGUUAAUGAAAAAUUAUAUUUUCUUAUAUAAUUUAUAUGAUCUGGAUGUAAUACUGGUAAAUAUUGGACAUUUUGGUAAUUAAUUUAAAUUUUAAGUGGUUAACCUCUGUGAUUGAUACAAGUGUAAGUAAAUAUAAACUAUUCGAUACAUAAAACAAAUUCUAUUUAAAAGUAUUAUCAUAGUUAUUCAACUUGAGAAUGUCUAAUUGUUACAGUUCCUAAAAUAAACUAUAAACUACUA